AUGUCUCUUACCAGUGGGCUAACUUGCCUAAAAGGUAAAGAGGCAGUAGUUGUGAAUGCAAUAAUUGCUAUCCUGACUAUUGGCAGACAGCAACUCUUCUCUUUCCUUACCCUCCAUUGCCCUCAGGCUAUGCAUAACCUCUGCUAUGGGUUAGCUUUCCUAGGAGUGCCUGCUCUAAUUCUUCUGAUACUUGUUUAUGCUUUGACUGACCAGGCUUGGAGAAUGGUUGCUGGAGAAAGGCCUCGAUCUGCAGAUGCAGCACUCUUGCCGUGCAAAAUCAUUUCCUUUGUUUUCUGCAGCAUCACAGGGAGAGCUCUGGUUGCUCCGGCAGUGGCACUGCUGAAUGGAUCCUACUACAUAUGUGCAAUGAGUGAGUUUGCUUCAGUGAAUCACUAUGCAGCCUUCAAAAACACUAGCUUUGAGGAGCACAAGCAGAUCCUUGCUGUAUUUCCCUGUAAGCAGUUGGUUCCUUCACAUCUAAAAACAGUUAAAGAAGAAGUGAUCCUCCAAUUUCAGUAUCAAUUUGAUUUGUAUUACUUUCUCCCCUUCUUCAAAGGUUGUUGGUUGGCUUUGACAGCAGUCAUAGCCAUCACUGUCUUCAUGUCCUGUUGCCUGGGAAGAUGUUUGUCUCCACUCAGCCUCCUACACCUUCAGUACUGGAACAGAUACAUCCAUAAUGAGCAGAUGCUAUUUGAGCAAGCUGCCAGCCAGCACUCCGAGAUCUAUGCCAGACAACACAUCAAGAAGUUCUUUGGCUUUCUUCCAGGCAGUGAGAUUAUCUCAGAAAUCAGCAUCCCUUCAUGUGCAGACUAGAGAUCCAUUUCGGGGCUGGACCUCUUAACAAUAGUGGAUGAACAGCACUAUGAUUACAGUCUCCUUCAUGAUUCGGACGUUAAACACUAUGGGUAUGUAAUAUCUGAAAAUUAA